GCUGAACCGGGCGCCGCGCCCCCGCAGCUGCCUGAGGCGCUGCUGCUCCAGAGGCGCCGCGUAACCGUGCGCAAGGCCGACGCGGGCGGGCUGGGCAUCAGCAUCAAAGGGGGCCGAGAGAACAAGAUGCCUAUUCUCAUUUCCAAGAUCUUCAAGGGCCUGGCAGCUGACCAGACAGAGGCCCUCUUUGUGGGGGAUGCCAUCCUGUCUGUGAAUGGGGAGGACCUUUCUUCUGCCACCCAUGAUGAGGCUGUACAAGUCCUGAAGAAGACAGGCAAAGAGGUGGUGCUGGAGGUCAAAUACAUGAAGGAGGUCUCACCAUAUUUCAAGAACUCUGCCAGCGGGACCUCAGUUGGCUGGGACUCGCCUCCUGCCUCGCCCCUUCAGCGACAGUCUUCCUCCCCUGGCCCCCCACCCCGGGACCUCAGUGAUGCCAAACGCGUGUCCUUGAAGAUGGCAUAUGUCUCAAGGAGGUGCACUCCCACUGACCCAGAGACCAGGUAUCUGGAGAUCUGUUCAGCAGAUGGCCAAGACACCCUCUUCCUGAGGGCCAAGGAUGAGGCUAGUGCAAAAUCAUGGGCAGCUGCCAUCCAAGCCCAGGUCAACACACUGAUGCCCUGGGUCAAGGACGAGCUGCAGGCACUGCUGUCAGCCACCAGCGCAGCUGGGAGCCAGGACCUCAAGCAGAUUGGCUGGCUGACGGAGCAGCUGCCCAAUGGGGGCACCGCACCCACCUUGGCCUUGCUGACUGAAAAGGAGCUGCUCCUCUACUGCUGUCUCCCCCAGACCCGUGAGGCCCUGAGCCGGCCGGCCCGUACCGCCCCACUCAUCACCACAAGGCUGGUGCACUCAGGCCCCUCCAAGGGCUCGGUGCCCUACGAUGCAGAGCUUUCUUUUGCCCUGCGCACGGGCACGCGCCAUGGUGUGGAUACUCACCUGUUCAGCGUGGAGUCACCGCAGGAGCUGGCUGCCUGGACCCGCCAGCUGGUGGAUGGCUGUCACCGGGCCGCUGAGGGUGUGCAGGAGGUGUCUACAGCCUGCACGUGGAACGGCCGUCCCUGCACCCUCUCUGUGCAUAUUGACAAAGGCUUCACACUGUGGGCGGCUGAGCCAGGUGCGGCCCGAGCUGUGCUGCUCCGACAGCCCUUUGAGAAGCUGCAGAUGUCCUCAGAUGAUGGUGCCAGUCUCCUUUUCCUGGACUUCGGGGGCGCUGAAGGAGAGAUUCAGCUGGACCUGCAUUCGUGCCCCAAAACUAUGGUCUUCAUCAUCCACUCCUUCCUCUCAGCCAAAGUCACCCGCCUGGGACUCUUGGCCUAGAGGUCGUCAGAUGCAUUAGCCCUGAAGAGGGGGUAUCCACGAUGUGGUCUGACCUGGCCCUCCACUGAUGCCUGCUUACUGCUGGGCUGAGGGAAGGGAGAGGAAAGGAACAAGGAUGCAGAGACACAGCCCCUGCGGGAUGCUGGGAUAAUCUUGGGGGACCGGGACCCAGACUCAGGACACAGGGGAUCCUGCCAGUGAUGGGGUGGCCUCCCUGCUGCCCCAACCCCACCAGUGCCUUUUGUGGAUAGAUAUUUUGUGUAUAGAGAAGCCAUUCCAAGCCUGGGACCUGCCCCUGUGGGGAUCCUGACCUCCAGCCAACAACUGCCAGGCCUUCUAAGGGGCCCCUAAAUCAUCCCCAGUGGCCCCACCUCAAGCUGGAUUCCCCUGGAGUCUGUGGCAAGAGAAAGAGGAGGAGCCUUUCUGUUCAUUUCUCCCCUCAGCUCCACCACCUUGGAGCAUCUGGUUUGUCUCUUCAUCCUCUCUCUCCUCAUUACUCUUGGAUAAAUAAACAGCCUGUGAGCACAUAGGCAGCCUG